AUGCCUAAACCAGAAAUAACACCAGAAAUUAAAAAUGAUUUACAGGUUCUUAAACUUCGAAAUGUUCUUGAUCCUAAACGAUUUUACAAAAAAGAUAAUUCAAAAAAAUUUCCAAAAUAUUUUCAAGGACCAACAGAAUUUUAUUCAUCCCGGUUGCCACGUAAAGAAAGGAAACAAACAAUCGUGGAUGAAUUGUUGGCUGAUGAUCAAGCCAAAAAAUAUUAUAAACUCCAAGCAAAGUGGCGGUAA